GUUGAUAUUCUACUUAUUGGGACGCGGAGGCACAUUUUCCGCUCCGGCUAAAAUGAGAGGUACAAGUUUCACCUCUUAUACCUUUUCCCAUAUACUUUCGGACUAGCCAACAAUCCUAGAUGCCUUUUUACACUAUGUAUGUCAUUCUUGCGGAGGUUACCCAAGACUAUUUAGGAACCCUUGUAAUUAAUCCUGAGGGGUAAGGGAUCCUUCAUCGCUUUUAAAAAGAAUCCAAGGUGCUCCCCUUUGGUGAGUAUUGUUGUUCAAAGGAAAUCUCGAAUCUUCAAAAUGAAGUCCUUUCUCGCAGCUCUCGUUUCCCUCCUUCCUUUAACGACAGCUCUUCCCUUAAUCUCAUCAGAAUCAUCCAUUGCACAGCCCAGUUCACUCUAUUCGUUUUCAUCCAGUGGUAGUAAUGCUAAAGUAGCUGGUCGAUUAUUCAACAUCGAUGGCAACAUUGGAUAUUUUGCAGGCACAAAUGCUUGGUGGCUUGCGCAUCUCUCAUCCAACAGCGAUGUCGACAUCACUUUCUCACAAAUGGCUGCUACGGGUUACAAAAUCGUACGUGUAUGGGGCUUCGGCGACGCAAAUACCCCUCCGCCUUCCACCAACACAGAUCCGAACCUUGUCUAUUUCCAAAUCCUCAAUUCUACAGGAGCAUAUAUCAAUUACGGAGCGGAUGGCCUUGAGAGAUUAGACUACGUCGUCCAUACAGCAUCUAAAUAUGGCCUGAAGCUGGUUCUGAACUUCGUUAACAAUUGGAGUGAUUAUGGUGGUAUCGCUGCUUAUACUAACGCUUUCAAUUGCUCAUCGACAUCCUUCUACACUGAUGCAACCUGCCAAAAAGUCUACAAAAAUUACGUCAACACAAUCGUCACCCGUUACCGCUCCAGCACGGCGAUCUUCGCUUGGGAACUUGCCAAUGAACCGCGUUGUAACGGCUGCGAUACCUCCGUUAUUACCCACUGGGCUACAGAUGUAUCAAAAUAUAUCAAAUCGCUCGAUGCGCAACAUAUGGUUACGUUGGGUGAUGAGGGAUGGUUCGCACCGGCUGAUGGCAUUGGUGACGGUAGUUAUGCAUAUAGUGGCAGCGAGGGCGUUGAUUGGGUGGCGAAUUUAAAAAUCAAGACAUUGGACUAUGGAGUGUUCCAUCUGUAUCCAAAUACAUGGGGAUAUAAUUAUACGUGGGGAAAUGAGUUCAUUGAACAGCACGAUAUUGCUGGGAAGCAGAUUGGAAAACCAGUUAUCUUGGAGGAGUAUGGUUCACCGUUUCCAAAUAAUCAUACGGAGACUGAGGCACCUUGGUAUGUUGAUUAUGUUCCUCUUUGAUUCACUUUGAGCCAGAGAAGGAGAGGAGUGAGUGGAUAAAAGUACAUGGCUAACUAGAUCAUCCUUGCAGGCAAGCAGCAGUACUUAAAUCGGGAAUAGCGGCCGACCAAAUCUGGCAAUUUGGACCGAAUGGGACGAGUGUGCAAGCAGAGGAUCUUGGUGAUGUUAAUACCAUCUAUUACAAGACCCCUGAGUAUGCUACGCUUGGGACAGCUCAUGCUAAUGCAAUGUUAAAGAAGAAAGUUUGAUUGCGGGAAAGUGUGUGUAGCAUUUAUAUACAUACGAUGUGAUCUAAUAAAGUUUGUCACGGCCUUUAUUCAAGAGAAUCUAGAAUUUUGAAAUCUUGUAUUGGAGGAUAUCCAUAUAUCCGAAUGUCAGGCAUCUUAGGCAUAUAUCUCCUCAAAGAGAUGUUUUUGUUGCAUGUCGCAAACGCCAGGCAGGAAUAUGAGGCAUUCCAUUUGCUGAAGCAAACAACCCGAAGUCUGAAUGUCUUUGGACUUUUCGAAAAGCUGGUGGUUUUGUACAGCAAUGUUGGUGACGAAUAUCGUAAAAUACAGAUGUUAACUCUGUAUUUCAUCAAAGCUGCGGCAAAUGAUUGAAUGUGUAUAUUCAAAUUAGAAUUUACAUAAAGCCUUAUGAUCCGGGUUGGGUAUGAUGGAUUGUCGUUUCUAAGUGAUGCACAUAGAGUAC